AUGAAUGAACGAUUGGACACACAAGAUUAAACUGACACCAGUAUUUUAGGUAAGGAUAAGAAAUCAAUACGGAGAAAUCGUUUAAGAUUGGAUAAAUUUAAUCAUCCUAUCAUUAAGGGUGUAAAAGGGAAGAGAAUCGUCUUUAGAGAUGCAAUAGAAGGAAGAAAUUUAUGUGAUGUUUAUUUGGUUUAGAGGUACAUUGAAAAGAAAGAAUAAAAUAUGAAAUGCAGAUGCGCAUGUUCAAUCUAGUGA